CAUAUUCAAAAGGCACCCAGCUUUCAAGACGAUUAUAAAAAGUAGUUAGGCUGCUAUUUUUCCAAUAUCAUGGAAUAGCAUGGCCCGGGGCUAAGGUCACUCCAGUGGGAGAGCCGUGUUAUGGGUGACCUUAUUGCACGGUUCAGAGAGCACUUGUGUAUGUGAUGCAAGUGAACGUGUACGAAAAAGCUGUCGUAAAGUUUCGUUGUUCGUUCCGUCGUUGACCCUAUCUAUGUUUCUAUGAUGGCCCAAGAACACGCUCAUUCUUCAGCCGUAGAGAGACUUUUGAAUUGCGAGGUACCAUUACGAGCUCAAUAUAUACGAGUGUUAUUCCGUGAAAUAACUCGAAUUUCAAAUCAUUCACUUGCUUCAACUACUCAUGCUAUGGAUGUGGGAGCAUCAACUCCGUUCCUUUGGGCUUUUGAGGAGCGGGAGAAAUUGUUGGAAUUCUAUGAAAGAGUCCCGGGAGCCAGGAUGCAUGCUAGUUUCAUACGACCUGGUGGAGUGGCACAAGAUCUGCCUCUUGGCUUAUGUCGAGAUAUUGAUUCCUCCACACAACAAUUUGCUUCUCGUAUCGACGAAUUAGAAGAGAUGUCAACCGGCAACCGUAUCUGGAAACAACGAUUAGUGGAUAUUGGUACUGUCACUGCACAGCAAGCAAAGGAUUGGGGAUUCAGUGGUGUAAUGUUAAGAGGUCCUGGGGUAUGCUGGGAUUCGCGAAGAGCAGCACCUUACGAUGUUCAUGACCAAUCGGAUCCUGACGUACCAGUAGGUACCAGAGGAGAUCGCUAUGAUCGUUACUGUAUCCGUAUCGAAGAGAUGCGACAAAGUGUUCGGAUCAUUGUGCAAUGCCCUAAUCAAAUGCCUAGUGGCAUGAUCAAAGCCGAUGAUCGUAAGCUAUGUCCUCCAUCACGAUGUCGAAUGAAACUAUCCAUGGAAUCGUGCGCCGUGUGAAACGAAACGUAGAUCAUCGCCGUUCUUAACCGAGACUCAGGUUAAGCUCCGUCUCGGAACCGUCGUGGGGUUAGGAGUAAAGCAUCCCGGGGUUGGCGCAUCUCAUUGGGCGUGGAGAAGCAUUGGGAACCCCAAUAUCUUUCUUCGGAACAGUUUCCUUUCCCGUCCCCUCGCCCCGGCAUAGCGCUUCGCUUCCGGUUCUUCGGAAGAAGAAACUGACUUCUCCCUUCUUCAUUGAUCUGGGGGAAAAGGAACCGUCUACCAGUUGGGAAGCUAGACAUCAAGGUUGUGGCUUGAUGAGGAUAACUAAGCUGACACGCCGGAGUUGGCUGCUGGCACAACAGGGUGGUGCCUUACCGCACCGCAGGCGCACGCGCGGUAGCGUUCGUGGUGGUGCUUCAGGAUUCCAAUGUACUGCGUCCAAGAUCAGAACGAGCUUGCCGGCGGACCACUGCCGUCCCAUUCUUGAGUGAGCUGGAGCGCAGCCAUCUUAUCCACUGAACUAGCGUCAAGUAUCGCUUCGGGUCGAAGCACUAAAAGAAAAAGACCGGGAAAGGCGGCGGCAUAGGAACCACGGGAACCCAGGAAGGGGAAAGACAAUGUACGGGAUACGGGAUCCUCGUAGUAGGCUGGACCAAAAUCCAGCCGAGAGAGGGCAGCCUUUAGAAGCAACAACAGGUUGGGAAACCAAGAGAACGCUUCGCGUUUUCUUAUCUUCUUCCCGGCACAAAAAGAGGGAUUAGCAUUAUUGACCCCAUGAGAAAGCACUAACACCUUCCUCGUUGGGGCUCCGCGCACUGGGAAAAGGCUUUCACGACGGGAACGGGAAACCGGCCACUAGUUACGAAGUAAACAUAAGGUCUCGAGAGGUCCCUCACAGUCAGGUGCGAUGCAAUUGCCCCCUAUUAGUUUAGUAAAGUACCCCUCCUCCUAAAUUCUUUUCUUUAGGGGGUUGAGGCGAGAAAUGGCUUGAUGAACCCUUCCGUUCGUCACGCACCGGCCCCAUUCACUUGCAACUCGUAGAGGCUGUAAAUACACAGUGCCCCACAACUAUCAAAGUAACGUGGGGUUGAAACACGAGAGUGCCCGCCCUUUCUGUCAAGUAGACUACUUUUUCCGGAACGCAGUCCGGGAUAACCGUGACCUUAUAUAUAUAGAAAGAUAUAUCUUUAUAUAUAUAUCUUCGAUGCUGUCAUUUCGAAAUGUCCGCUUCAACCGCUAUUUCACCUCCCAAAAAGCUAAGUUGGCUUGACGAGCGCAGAUGAGGAAGCGGGAGCAAGAAAACCAAGAAUCUCUUUCUUGUCCUUCUACUUAUACUUAAGGGGCAAAGAGAAGGGCUUUCGCUACUGAGAAAGCGAACGGUCAGCGCGAGGGUUCGACGACUUAGCCGAGCGUUAGCGAAGCGCUUCUAUGGAUAGGAGCGUCCUUUAUGCUGAGCCUCGGUAGCGAAGCACUUAAGAUGAAGCGUCGGUAGCAAAGCUGACAAUGCAACGCGUUAGCGAAGCGCUGUAGUAGGGCCGAAGCCUAUGUGCUAUAAUGCUGAACCAAGGGCGCUCCGCCUUAUCUAUAGAAGCAGUCAACUGAGUUCUGAACGAAUGGGAUCCUUGGUUGGUAAUGGCUCAAUCUAUAGAUAGAAAGCCCUAUGAUGGGAAACUACCACGUUAGGUCUGGAGAGAGAUGGGACCGGUUAUAGUUUAGGGGGAGCAGAUGCAAGCCUUUUCUUUCAAUAGCCGGCCAAAUUACUACAGGAUCAUCGGUCUACUCUAC